AUGAAGAACCAUUUGCUUUUGUGGGGCAUCUUGGGCCUUUUUGUUAAGGCUGUUCUUGUGACAGCCCAAGAUGAAGAAGAAAGUAUUAUUCUUGCUGACAACAAGUGUCAGUGUGUCCGGGUUUCUUCCAGGAUCAUCCCAUCUCCUGAGGACCCUUCUGAAGAUAUUGUGGAGAGAAGCAUCAGAAUUACCAUUCCUAUGAACAACAGGGAGAAUAUUUCGGAUCCUACCUCUCCAGUGAGAACCAAAUUUGUGUACCAUUUGGCCGACGUCUGUAAGAAAUGUGAUCCUGUAGAAGUGGAAGUGGAUGAUCAAGUAGUUACUGCCUCCCAAAGCAAUAUCUGUGAAGAAUCUGAAACUUGCUACACUUAUGACAGAAACAAGUGCUACACCAAUAGGGUCCCACUUAUCUUUGGUGGUAAGACCACUGUGGUGGAAGCAGCUCUGACCCCAGAUUCCUGCUAUUCUGAUGAUUUUUAAGUCAUUGCUAAUUACACAGUGUUUAUCUUGAAAGACUCUCCAUUUUGAUCCCAAAAGCUCAUAUAUUUGC